GAAGAGCACAUUCCCCCCUCCAAUUCAAUAAUACAAAAGUAGCCGUUAGCUUCAAGCAGUUUGAGAUUAUAUCCCUCUCUCUCUUUCCCCUUGCUUCUUUCCCCAAAUCUUCGCUCUCUAAAAACCAACAAAACCCCACUCUCUCUCUCUCUCCUUCCUCUCUCAAACUCUAGAUAGAAAUCUCACAUACCCAUUUCCGAGCUCAAUGAGAAUCCAAGGGAGGAGAGAGAAUCGGAAGAAGCGAACCCUCUUCAAUUCCCUCCUCCUCCUCCUCUUCAUCCUCCUCCUCCCCCUACUGAGCCCAGCGGGAGCCCAGCCCGCCGACGGCGUCGUGAUCACCGAGGCAGACUACCAAGGCCUGCAGGCCUUCAAGCGCUCCCUCGUCGACCCCGCCGGGGUCCUCCGCAGCUGGAACGACACCGGCCUCGGCGCCUGCCUCGGCGCCUGGGCGGGGAUAAAAUGCGUCCGCGGACAGGUCAUCGCUAUCCAGCUCCCGUGGCGCUAUCUCGGCGGCAGGCUCACCGAGGAGAUCGGCCAGCUCACCGCCCUCCGAAAGCUCAGCCUCCACGAUAACCUCAUCGGGGGCCAGAUACCUGAGAGCAUCGGGUUCUUGCCCAAUCUCAGGGGGCUGUACCUGUUCAGCAAUCGGUUCUCCGGAUCGAUCCCUGCUUCGAUCGGUAACUGCUUCGCUCUCCAGGCUAUCGAUCUCAGCAACAAUCUGCUCGUCGGUGCCAUUCCUUCUUCCGUUUCGAACUCGAGUAAGUUGUACAGGUUGAACCUUAGCUACAACAAUCUAUCGGGUUCGAUCCCUGCUGGGAUACCUCGAUCGCCGUCGCUGAACUUCCUGUCUUUGAAUAAUAACAAUCUCUCUGGUUCAGUUUCUGAUACCUGGGGAGAUGAUAAUGUAACUUACCAGCUUCAAAGAUUGAAUAUUGAUAACAAUUCGUUUUCUGGGAGCAUACCCGGUACCCUUAGUAGGCUGCCGUUGUUGCUGGAGAUCACUCUGAGUAAUAAUCAGUUCGAUGGAAGGAUUCCUGAAGAAUUAGGAUCACUUCCUAAGCUUCAGAGAUUGGAUUUGUCCUCAAAUUCCAUCUCCGGCAGCUUCCCUGUUUCAUUCUCCAACUUAUCAUCUUUGGUUGAGUUGAGGCUCGAUAACAAUCUCAUUGAUGGUCGGGUCCCUGAAUCGGUUGAUGGGAUGCAAAACCUGUCGAUCUUCUCCAUGAAGAAGAACAGGCUCACCGGUGAAAUCCCCGAAACGGUUGGAAACCUUACGAACUUGUCUCGGUUGGAUUUCUCCGAUAACGAAUUCGACGGAGGAAUCCCUUCCUCAUUGAUUCAUCUCAGCAACCUCACCUUCUUCAAUGUCUCGAACAACAACCUCUCCGGUCCCGUACCCCCCGCUCUCGCGCAGGAAUUCAACGAAAGCUCGUUCAGAGGGAACAUUCAGCUCUGCGGGUUUAGCCCUUCGGCCCCUUGCCCUUCGCCGUCUCCAUCCCCAAACCUCCCCCCUGCCGAGUCUCCUCCUGCUCAGAAAACCCAUCGCCGUCGAAAGCUGAGCACCCGAGAUAUAAUCCUCAUUGCUGCAGGGAUUUUGCUCGCAGUCCUGCUUCUCCUCUGCUGUAUCCUUCUCUGUUGUCUGCUCAGGAAAAGAACCGCAAUAAGCAAGAAGAGCAAAGAUGCCGCUGCGGGGAGAGGGGAGAAGCCCGGCGGGCCCUCGGCGGGCCCCGAAGUCGAAUCCGGGGGCGAGGCAGGAGGCAAACUGGUGCACUUUGAUGGGCCUUUUGUGUUCACCGCAGAUGAUCUUUUGUGUGCAACCGCUGAGAUAAUGGGGAAGAGCACUUACGGGACCGUGUACAAGGCUACAUUGGAGGAUGGGCAUGAGGUUGCAGUGAAGAGAUUGAGGGAGAAAAUUGCAAAAGGGCAGAGGGAGUUUGAGAGUGAGGUUAAUUUGCUUGGAAAAAUUAGGCAUGAGAAUUUAUUGGCCCUGAGAGCUUAUUAUUUGGGGCCUAAAGGGGAGAAGCUGCUGGUGUUCGAUUACAUGUCAAAGGGGAGUCUUGCUGCUUUUCUUCAUGCUAGAGGACCAGAUGCACCAAUAAACUGGGCGACAAGGAUGAGCAUAAUCCACGGCACAACAAGAGGCCUCCACCACCCCAACCUCAAGCCAACAUCAUCCACGCAAACUCACGCAAGCCGCCAACAUCCUCCUGGACCGCCAACCGCGGCCCCGACAGGAUCUCCGCUAGCGGCCUACUCCCCGCCUCUCAUGACCGCCGCCGCGCAACUCCAAGUCGUCCGCCACGCGGCCCCCUCGCGCUACCGCGCCCCGAGCUCCUCCAAGCUCAAGAAGGCCAACACCAAGACCGACGUCUACAGCCUCGGCGUCAUAUUCCUCGAGCUCCUCACGGGCAAGUCGCCUGGCGAGACGACGAACGGGGCUGAUUUGCCGCAGUGGGUGGCGUCGAUAGUGAAGGAGGAGUGGACUAAUGAGGUGUUCGAUCUGGAGCUGAUGAGGGAGGUCGAAGGGAAUGUAGGCGAUGAGCUGCUGAACACCCUGAAGUUGGCCCUGCAUUGUGUUGAUCCGUCGCCUGCAGCGAGGCCGGAGGUCGGAGACGUGCUCCAGCAGCUGCAGGAGAUCAAGCCCGAUCCUGGCGGCAGCACGGACGGAGGCGGGGCCGAGCCGGGGAAGGAGUGAGGAGGGCUGCUGCCGCUGCUGGUUCAUCAGGAGCUGGUGAUGUUUGAUGAGGGGGGAGGAGUUGAUUGUUUUCAGUAGGGCAUCACAAUUCUUUGAUUCUUGAAGUUUUUGAAACUCAUUACUCAGUGUGAUUGUAUAUAAGUAGCAGGCUAUUAUUUGUUUGGGAUUUUAUGUUUUGUUGUCAAUGUAGUUGUUAUGUUUUAAUCAUAAGAUUGAUUGCAUUCAAAAGUGUGGUGAAUAAAAAAUUGCAGAUUGCUAGCAUUCUUUUA